CUACCACAACUUUGACAACACAGCGGGGUCCUUCGUUUAGCGCCAGUUUGGAUUUUCUCCCUCGCUCUGACUUCAGGUUUUACAACAUUAAUAUGUUGUUUUAUUAAAUAUAUAAGCUGUGACUUCUACAUAAAUACACGUAGUUUUAAUUAUCGAUAAGUCAACAAUAUAUUGACACGUUGAAAGUCGUUUUAAAGGCUGUUAAAGUAGCUUUUAGAGCCAUUAAAGGAGACAAAGUGGUAACACUAAAGCCAGAGAGGUCACCAGGUCAUCUGAAAUCAGCUCCACCAUUAACCUCUCUAAAAUGGACAGUGAGGAUGAUCUGGACAUGCUGACGGCGCUGCUGGCCGAGAGCGAGGGAGUCGGAGAAGAACAGGGUGGUCAGGAGCAGGCAGACGACUUGGACGGCCUUUUUGACAAUGAUGAGGAGGAAGAGUACAAAGAGGGCAUCGAAGAGGAAGGGCAAGAUGUGGAGACAGAGGAGGACGCGUUGUCUGAUCUGUUGGGAGAUGUGGACGACAUUGAAAAUGAAGAGAAAGACGCUAAAACGAAAGAAAGUGGUGGAGAAGCCUGUGAGAGCCUGAACAAGUCCAAGGAGGAUUUACAAGAUGAGCUGAAGCGUAUGCAGGAGCAGAUGCAGCGGUUGCAGCAGCAGCUGGAAGCAAGCCAGAAGGUUUCCACGUCAUCUUCCAAUCCAGUCACGCCUGCAGGGAGCUCGGCUGGUCCCAAACCAGUGACCCCCAAACGGACACCCAAACCGACACCCACUCGACAGCCGACCUCCAGACUGACCCAGGUCAAACCAGCCUCCGCCACACAGAAGACCAAGACACAAGCAGCAGCAACAUCUUCAUCCACUCCAGUCAGAGGAGGAGGAGGAGGAAGAGGAGGAGGAGGAGGAGGAGGAGGAGGAGGAGGAGGUCUGAAGCUCCAGGAUUCCUCUGACUUUUUCGAUGAGCUGAACAAUGCUGACUCCUUCAAACGCAAACCCAGAGUAGCUCACAAUCCCAAAGCCAGCACAUCGCCAGAAGACAGAGGGCCACUGGUGGAGAUAAAGAUCGGAGGCACCUUCCAGCCAGUCGAGAGCACCAGCAAGGUUUACAAACCUCUGCGUUCACCUGCGGCCUCUCAGAGCAGAGCUGCACCAGCUGCAUCAGCAUCACAGCCUAAACCUUCUUCUCUUCCUCCGCUUCCCAAAGAUGUGGGUGUUGAGAGAUACUCAGGACUGCGGCUCAGAAAACCGCGCGUUUCCUCCACCGAGAUGGACCGAAAGAUGGCCGACCGCCGUCUGAUCCGUCUGUCGCAGGUGCCGGAGUGCUUGGCUCGGGAGAAGCUGGAGGAGAGCGACUGGGUGACCUUCGCUGUGCUGGUCAAUAAGGUCACACCACAAAGCAACAGCAGUGGCAAAACCUUCAGCAUCUGGAAACUGAACGACCUCCACAACCUGGAAGUGUUUGUGUCUCUGCUCCUGUUCGGCGAAGUCCACAAAGAGCACUGGAAGACGGAGCCGGGCACCGUCAUCGGAAUCCUCAACCCAAACCCCAUGAAGCAGAAGGACGGAUAUGACGGGGUGAGCCUGACGGUGGAUCACCCACAGAAGGUGCUGCUGCUGGGUGAAGCUCAGGACUACGGCACCUGCCAGGCCAUGAAGAAGAACGGAGACCCCUGCUCUCAGAUCGUCAACAUGUUCGAGUGCCAGUUCUGCAUGUAUCACGUCAAGGCCCAGUAUAAGCAGAUGAGCUCCAAGAGGGCCGAGCUGCAGUCGGCGUUCUCUGGAAAAGGUCCCAACAAGCUGAAGGGGAAGGGGAAGGGCGGCGGACUAAGAGACCGGCUGUGUCAGGACGGCUUCUACUACGGCGGCGUGUCCUCAGCCGCCUGCGCCUCGUCACUAACGGCGUCCAAACUGAACAAACCCGUCCAGGGGACUCUGGACAAGCUGUUUGUGAAAGGCUCGGCUCAGCACAUCAAUCAGGCCAAGAGGCUGGCCAUACAAUCCGGUGAAGUUUCAGGUUGUUCAAAUGACUUUAAGAGCCUGCUGUCAGCACCAACACCCGGAGCUCUGCAGCUGAAGAAGCACUUGGCACAGGGCAGCAAAUCAGUCUCCAAAGAUGCAGCUGGAGCUCCAGUUCAGUCCAUCUCAGCUUCGGACCUGCUGAAGCAGCAGAAACAGAUGCAGCGGGAGUUUCUGCAGAACCGUCGGCGGAGGGCUGACGAGAUCCAGAAGAAGGUGCUGCAGAGCCCAGCCGGGCCCAGACCUGGGCCAUCGUCGUCCUCACUAGGCCGGGACGGUCUGACGUCACCGAAAGCAGCCUCCGAGGUCCCCAAGGCCAUCCGCAGCCCCGCAACCCCCCACGCCCCCACCCUGGGCCGAGGCUUCUCCGAGGGCGAGGACAUCCUCUUCUUUGAGAACGGCCCGCCGCCGGCGCUUGCCCCCAGCGCUCUCAGCCUAUCAGCCGCCAAGCUGGCUGCUCUGAAGAGGUUGAGAGUAAAAGGGGCGGGGCUGAAAAAGGAAGACCCCAACGCUGUGAAGAGGAAGAGGAGUAACGACAGUGAGAUCAGCGCCCGAGUGGAGAAGAAUCUGACCUCACCGAAUGGUGGAUCAUCCAGUAAUGAGGAUGAGGAACCGGCCGUGAAGAGGAAGCGAGAUCAGCUCGCCUACGUCCAGUCAGAGGAGUUUCAGAAGAUCCUCAACGCCAAAUCUCGCCACGAGGCUGCGCUGCAGGCGGCGGAGUACCAACUGCAAGAGAGCUACUUUGAUCCUCUGGUGAAGAAGGAGCAGAUGGAGGAGAAGAUGAAGGGCAUCAGAGAGAUGAAGUGUCGAGCAGUUAGCUGUAAAAAGUGUAAUUACACCUACUUCAAGCCGGCGGAUCGCUGUGUGGAAGAGAGUCAUAAUCUGCAUUGGCACGACGCCAUGAAACGUUUCUUCAAAUGUCCCUGCGGUCAGAGAGCCAUCGCUCUAGACAGACUGCCCAACAAACACUGCAGUAACUGUGGUCUGUUUAAAUGGGAGCGUGAUGGGAUGCUGAAGGAGAAAAAGGGACCGAAGAUCGCCGGAGAGCUCCUCCAGCCUCGAGGAGAGGAGCACGGCAGGUUCCUCAACAGCAUGCAGUGACCAGAAGCACCGGGAGUUUGUUAUUUAAGUGUUUUAGUAGCAUUUUUACAGUUGUAUGAAUUAUGUUUUUAAAGUUGUUGUUUAUUGAUUAUGGAGAUUUGAAUGUGUGUGAUUAUAUUGGAUACGCUGGAAAGCAUAAUUGCAAGCUGAUUAAAGCGAUAAGCAAUAUUUUAUGACCAAUGUCUG